UGCGCCUGCGGGUCGCGCCCCUCCCUGGCCAAUACUUAUAAAAUCAGCCACGCGGAGGCAGAGACCCACAUUUUUUUUGGUUCGCUGUGUUAGGGGAGGUUUUACCGAAAUCUAGUGACCGCCGACCGCUUUAGUCGCGAAGAUGGUGAAGCAGAUUCAGAAUAAGGAAGAGUUUGAGGCAGAGUUGAAAAAUGCAGGAGGUAAACUCGUAGUUGUUGACUUUUCAGCCACUUGGUGUGGACCUUGCAAAAUGAUCAAACCUUUCUUUCAUUCUCUUUCUGAAAAGGAUCCUGAUGUAGUGUUCCUUGAAGUGGAUGUAGAUGACUGUCAGGAUGUUGCUUCGCAAUGUGAGGUCAAAUGCAUGCCGACAUUCCAGUUCUACAAAAAUGGGAAAAAGGUGACUGAGUUUUCUGGUGCCAAUAAGGAAAAGCUGGAGGCCACCAUUAAUGAAUUAAAGUAAAUGUGGAAUCUGAACAAUAUGAACUAUUGUCAACACUUUAAAUUAUACCUUAUGAUUUUUCUAUUUACUAAAGCAGGUGCAGUUAACCAGAAUGUGUAUCCAAACACCAUUCCACUGUAAAUGAUUUACAAUAAAAAAUAAUUCUACCAUUUUAAAA